AUGGACUUCUAUAUCAAUGUACCUCCUCCCGUGCAUUUUCUUGAUGUUACUGAAGCGUUCAAAUCACUUAGCAAUGUGGAAAAGGAUUAUGUUUUCAGCUGCACACAAGCGUCUUGGAUUGGAGGUCUCAUAGGAUUAAUUCAAACAUCUCCUGAGUCUGCUGGAAUAUUUUUGUUUGUCAGUCGCUUUUUCCAUUUGGAGAACAUACAUUCGUUUGUUGAAAAAGCGACAAAAAAUAAUUUUUCCGAUGAGGAAAUAACCCACAUUUUAUCUUAUUUCGCCUCAGUGCUGGGUAAUUUCGGGAAUUACCUGUCUUUUGGGGACACCAAGUUCAUCCCAGCUAUCAAUGUCGACAGGGUAACAGAAUUUUUAUCGUUGAGCAGUGAAUUUUCUAAUUCAGAAACUGGUCUUAAAGCUUUAUGGAAAGAAAUAGCUCCAGCCAUCUAUUCGUUAAGUCCUCGCCGUUUACGCCUUGGUUUUAGUCCCACUGAAAUAACGUCUUAUUACUCUGAAGACUGUAUUCGAAGUGAUGCUGAACUAGUUCAAAAAUAUCUGGAAAACGUUAAAAUUGAAGCGUAUAAUACCCGACUUUUUAAGAGUAGUAACUCCAACUCCAAAGUUUAUUCGAUUCGGUUUGCGUCGGCUGAGAAGAAAGUUCAACCUGUGCAUUUUGAUGCCCUUCCUUCGGGAACUUCUUUGCAGCUCGAGUAUGGUGACUACUGCGAACUUAUGGAGUUACUGGUUGACUGCUCUUUAGAUGCCAAAGCACACUCUCUUAACAAAAUCGAAUCAGAAAUGUGGGAUCAUUAUGCUCAGAGCUUUUAUACUGGGUCCUUAGACUCUCACAAAGAUGCUUCUAGACUAUGGGUCAAGGACAAAUGCCCUGUGGUUGAAAAUUACAUUGGCUUUAUUGAAACUUAUCGUGAUCCUUUAGGUGUACGUGCAGAGUUCGAGUCAUUUGUCGCAGUUGUGAAUCGAUCAAUGUCAUCUAAAUUUCAGCGGCUAGUAGAUAAUGCUGUUGACUUGUUAUCUAAUUUGCCAUGGCCUUCUACUUACGAAAAAGACAGGUUCUUACAACCAGACUUUACAAGUUUGGACGUAGUAACGUUUGCAACCUCAGGAAUCCCUGUUGGAAUUAACAUUCCUAACUAUGAUGAUGUGCGCCAAGUUGAUGGAUUUAAAAAUGUAUCCUUGGGGAAUGUACUCAGUGCUCGCUUCAAGGACCCCAAAUCAGAAUUUCUCCGAGAGGAAGACAAGAAGUUGUAUGUGGAUCAUGCGGAGAGUUCUUUCGAACUUCAAGUUGGACUUCAUGAAUUGUUAGGCCAUGGUUCUGGGAAGCUCUUUCAACGUAGUGACGAUGGAAUACUGAAUUUUGACACGAAUUCUACGAAAGAUAUCAUAAGUGGAGGUCCCAUACGUAGUUGGUAUGAACCAGGCGAAACAUACGACAGCAAAUUUUCGAGUUUGUCUUCGGCAAUUGAAGAAUGUCGAGCUGAAUGUGUUGGAAUUUAUCUAUGCAAUUUACCACUUGUCUUGGAACAGUUUGAUCUUAAUACUAAUUGCUCUACAGACAGUGUCCCAGAUGUUGUCUACGUUAAUUGGUUGUCCAUGGUUCGUUCAGGUGUAACUUCUAUGGAAUUCUAUUCACCUGCAGAAAACGCUGGCGAUAUUGGUUCGUGGCGUCAGGCGCAUUGCUGUGCUCGUUAUGUGAUUUUGCGGGUUUUAAUUGAAGCUGACAAUUCGCUAGUACGUGUAGACGAAAUAGUUGGUGAUGAUGGUGCACCUGAUUUAACUAUUUUCUUAGAUCGCCAAAAGCUUUUGACAGUGGGUCGUCCGGCAAUUGGCGAAUUUUUACGAAAAAUUCAGUAUUAUAAAAGUACAGCCAAUGCUAAAGAUGGUUGCGCCUUCUUCCAGCAUUAUUGUCAAUUGCUACCAGAACAUAUUAAAUUGCGCCAAAUUGUGAUUAAUCGCAAAAAACCUCGACCUAUUUUCGUUCAACCUGGACUCCGUAAAACCCCUCACGGUGUUGAACUAAUAUCAUAUCCUACAACUUAUGCCGGUGUAAUACAAUCAUUCGUGGAUCGUUAUGGUGAUUUGCCUCUUGGGCAGAAAGCUCUUGAUGCGCUAGAAACAAUUUGGCGCCGUGAACUUCCGUAUUUCAAAAACAUACCACUUUAA